AUGGCUGAAUUCCCAAGGCAUCCGUUCCUCCUUACCGUGGAGGAGACGGCCCAGGCUCUUGAUACCGAUAUUGACAAAGGUCUGACAACAGCUCAGGUUACUGAGCUACAGCAGAAAUACCCCAAAAACGAGCUGGAUGUCGGUGACUCCAUUCCGUGGUACAGCAUUCUCACCAAACAAAUCCUAAAUGCCAUGAUCAUUGUCCUGGCAUUUGCCAUGGCGCUUAGUUUUGGUAUCAAAGAUUACAUCGAAGGAGGCGUCCUCGCCUUUGUCAUUGGCCUCAAUGUUACCAUUGGGUUUUGGCAAGAGUACCGCGCUGAGAAGCGAAUGGACGCCCUUCGUGCCUUGUCUUCGCCUAGCGCCAUGGUUCUUCGAGAUGGUAAAACACAAGUCAUACCCAACCCUGACGUCGUUCCGGGAGACGUUGUUUUGCUCAAGAUGGGUGACACUGUACCCGCAGAUAUGCGCAUGUUUGAGGCCAUGAAUCUCGCAUGCGAGGAGGGACAGCUUACCGGCGAGUCCAUCCCCGUCGAAAAAAUGACCGAGAACAACAUCCUCGCCCCUGGCACUGAAAAAGCUGCUACUUCCGAGGGCGAGGUGGGCAUUGGCGAUCGCGUCAACAUGGCGUAUGCUACCACUGUCGUCCGAAAGGGCAGAGGUCGAGGUAUUGUCACCGCCAUUGGCAUGACUACGGAAGUUGGUAAGAUUGCCGCUUCUACCGCCAAAAAGCAGCGAAAGGCCGGUCGAUCUAUGAAUUGGCGCAAGUACGGGAAGAGACAGCCAGUGGUUGGCUUAGCCAAGCGAACGUACGAUCUCAUCGGCAAGUUCUUGGGUUUGACUGAAGGCACUCCACUACAGAAAAAGCUGUCUGCCUUGGCAUAUGUGCUUUUCGGUUGUGCAAUUAUACUUGCCAUGGUUGUCUUUGGCGUCAACCACUUCAAUUUGCGAAAUGAAGUCAUUAUUUACGCCACAUCGCUUGGAAUAGCUAUCAUCCCCGAGUCUCUGGUUGCUGUCCUGACCAUCACCAUGGUGGUCGCUGUAACCGUCAUGCGAAAGGCCAACGUAGUUGUCCGAGAUCUCUCUGCCCUCGAAGCCCUUGGUGGAGUUACCAAUAUUUGCUCAGACAAGACUGGUACACUGACCGAAGGAGCCAUGAUUGUUCGCAAGGCCUGGAUUCCGUCUUCUCACACCUAUAAUGUCCGCGAAUCACAGAAUCCCAGCGAUCCCACCAAAGGCCGCGUAACGUAUUCUCAGGGCUCUGUUGAGAAGGAGGAGCCCAAGCGCGACUACGACAGGGAGCGCAGUGCUGCCGUUCUCAAGUUUGAUGUCCCCGACGAGAAGCUUCAUCCCAAACCCGCCGAGGAGAACCCCGAAGCAGAGCCCGAAACAACACUAACGGACGGCCUUGAAGCAUUCCUCUUAUCCGCCGCUCUUUGCAACCUUGCCACCGUCCGGUAUGACGACGAGGAAGAGAAAUGGCAGACUACUGGCGAGCCGACCGAAGUUGCGCUUCAAGUCUUUGCUCAUCGAUUCAACAAGGGCAAGAAGAGCCUUGAAUCUAAAGGUUGGAAGCAACUUGCCGAAUUCCCAUUUGACAGCUCCAUCAAGCGCAUGUCUGUGAUCUACGAUGCACCUUCUGGCGAAAGCGGCUCCAUUAUUGAGAGCGAGCAGAGCAUGGUUUUCACAAAAGGCGCCGUGGAGAGAAUACUGGAUUUGUGUUCUUACAUUGGUUCCGGAGCUGAACAGCAACCAAUCUCAGACCAACUCAAAGAGGAGACCCUCAAUCAGAUGAAUAUUCUGGCAUCCCAGGGUCAGCGAGUCCUUGCUAUCGCUUACCGUCCAUGGGGAGGUCGAUUCACCGCGAAGCAGUCAGCAUCUGCCGCAGAAGACGAGACACUUCGCAGAGAAGUUGAAAAGGAUCUUGUCUUGCUCGGACUUGCUGGAAUCUAUGAUCCCCCUCGCCGUGAAACGAAACCGUCCAUAGGAGAGUGCUCUCAGGCCGGCAUCAAGGUCCACAUGCUCACCGGUGAUCACCCCGAAACUGCAAAGGCAAUUGCCAAGGAGGUCGGCAUCAUUCCCAAGAACCUCGGCGUCCUACCCGAAGAGGUUGCCCAGUCCGUUGUCCAGAAAGCCACGGAUUUUGACAAGAUGUCGGAUGCGGAGAUCGACGCCCUCGAGGAGCUCCCCCUUGUGAUUGCCCGCUGUGCCCCUGACACCAAAACUCGAAUGAUUGAAGCGCUCCGACGACGUGGAUCAUUCAUGGCCAUGACUGGUGACGGCGUCAACGAUGCUCCAUCCCUCUCCCGCGCUGACGUGGGUAUCGCCAUGGGCUCUGGUUCUGAUGUAGCCAAGUCAGCUUCCAAGAUUGUCCUGACCGACGACAAGUUCAACUCCAUUGUUGCCGCUAUCCGCGAGGGCCGUCGAAUGUUUGACAAUAUUCAAAAGUUUGUCCUGCAUCUUCUCACCUCCAACGUGGGCGAGGUCAUUCUUUUGAUCGCCGGUCUCGGUUUCGUCGACGACACAGGAUUCUCCGUCUUCCCAGUGUCACCGCUCCAGAUCAUUUGGAUCAACAUGGUCACGUCGUCGUUCCCUGCGUUUGGCCUCGGCCGGGAGGCCGCCGCCGCCGACGUUAUGCGCAAGCCGCCGCAGGACAAACGACGAGGCGUGUUCACGAACCAGAUCAUUGUCGACAUGGUCGUCUACGGCGUCAUCAUGGGCGCCUGCACAAUGUGCACCUUCUGCAUCAUCAUCUACGGCGCGAACGGCGGCAACCUGGGCGAGAAUUGCAACACCGAAUACACGGACGCCUGCGACGCCGUGUUCAAGGCUCGCGCCGCCACCUUUGCCGAACUAACCUGGCUGAUUCUCAUCUCGGCCUGGGAGUUUAAGAGUUUGCGGCGAUCCAUGUUCCGCCUCAAUCCCGACGACGACAGCCGAUUCCCCGUCCUCAAGGACCUGUACAGCAACCGGUUUCUCUUUUGGUCCGUCAUCCUGGGCGGCUUGUCCGUGUUCCCCGUCGUGUACAUCCCCUUCCUCAAUACGAGGUUCUUCAAGCACAAGGGCAUCUCGUGGGAAUGGGCCCUGGCCGUGGGCUUCACCGUCGUCUUUGUCGCUGGGAUUGAGGCAUGGAAACUUGUCAAGCGGCGCUUCCACCUGCUCGAGGACCGCCCAGUCCAACGGGGCGCCUGGGGCCAGGGGGGACCCGACGACCAAGGGCCCAAGUUCCGCAAGACCAUGUCCAUUUCCAGCUUCAAGACUUGGGCUUCCUUCUCGCGAAAAGACACGGGCGACUCCACGUCGCGAUAUAGUUCUUGGCGAGGGAACCAGGGUGUUGUUCGCGGGACGGAGCAUGUAUGA